GCUCUUUCCCCAUGACAACAAAAUAACUUCAAGCAGAAACGACUGACAACCUAAACCUCGGAGGACGCUGCAGGACGUAUCGUCCAUAAUUCCAACAUUAGUUUAUUUUUCACUCGUGGACCUGGACAUGUGGAACUCCAGAUCUGACUUUACGGCCCGGUCUUCCUCAUGGUGUGGGUCAGGCUUUACGUCAAGAGCCAGCUCUGGUGCUGGUGCCUUCAGAAGGAGCGAUCCGGGUCUAAGGAGGUGGCGGUCAAUGUACCACCUGGAGCCUGAGAGUCCUACAAAGUCAUUUUCACCAUUUGGAGCAGAAAUAUGGGCUGGUGGAGGCGAAAGGAGCUUCAGACAAGCAGAAGUCUUGCCGUGGCUCCAGGAUGCUCAUGAGCGGCUGAACGCUAAACUGGACCGGCUGAGGACCAGAGAAGUUACUCUGGGCUACAACAAAACGAUGGCACAGAUGCUCAACAUGGAACAGAAGCUGCUCUCUAAAACGAUGGAUGCUUUCAGUCAGGAGGAAUUGUUUGAACAGAGUCAACAGUGUCAAGAUCUCCAAGAAAAAGUCCUAAAGCUGGAAAAUGAGCUGCUGCACAUGAGGUCUUCUCUGGCAAAUGUAAGCGAGGAUCAGCCGACGUCUCGUCUGGCAGCUUCACACAACAAAUCAAAGACUCCAGGAGACGAGAAGGAGAAUCCGACAGAGGAGGACAAGCUGAGGGAGGCUCUGAGAGAAGCUGAGGCAAGAGCCGCAACUCUUCAAGAAGAACGAAACAAAGCACUCCAGGAUCUCCAGACUUCUGCUGAGGUAAAUGAACAACUGAGACAAGAACUGGAGGUGAUGAAGAAACAUCUGGCUGAGUCACAACAUCAGCUGCAGGAGCUGAACGAGGAGGAAAACAUCAAAUUAAGACAAAUCACAGAUCAGAUCAGAGAAAAGGAGAAUCUGCUGACUGAAAGAAACCCGGGAGGACAUGAUGCAUUAAAUGAAUCAACAGGAAACAACAGCCAGCGCAGAACAUCCACAGAAGAUUUGGACCUACAAAAUCAGAAACUGCAGUAUCAGUGUGUCUGUUUGGAAGAAAAGCUCAAAGACACGGAAAAGGCGCUGCAAAUGCACGAGAAAACACAUCAAAAAAAGGAUGAAAUGAGACUUCUGCGCAUUAAAGAUCUGGAAGAUCUGGCCUCACACUGGACAGAAAAAUGGCAAAAUGUUGCUUUGAAGCUUCAGUCCACACAAGAUGAGUUAGAAGAACUGAAGAGAAACUGCACCAUUGAUACAAGAGAAUCUGAGUCUUUACUGAGGUGUGAACAGGAAACAGGUAGUGAUUUGGUGCAGACCCUUCACAAAGACACACAGACAGACCUAUCAGAAUCCUCUGUAACACCAGACUCCACAUGCAGCAGAAAUAAAUCUCCUCAGCUUUGGACGCAAAGCGGCGAGAUUCAGAGGCUGAAGCAAAAACUUUCAGAAACAGAAAGAGAAGUGAGCGACAGAGAGCAUGAUUUGAGAACUAUGGAACGGCUGCGAGAGAUGGAAAGAGCAGAGGCUCAAAUUAGGCUUUCUGCUCUUGAACUCAAGCUCAUGAAAAAGGCAUCUGAAGUUUGCCAAAACGGUGGAGGAGUUCACGCAGAUGUGUCAAACCCUGCCUCAAUGCACGAGCAACAGGACGAGUCGGAUGAGACGCAGCAGCUGAAUCCUCCAACCCUCCACAAACAUCCAGACCAGAGGCAGAGGUUUUCCCACAGUGGGGGUGAAAAUGAGACUUUGUGGAUUGAAGACAAGAAGAAUAAAACCAUCUGCCUUGUUGACCAAGAGGUGGCGCAGCAGAGAAGAAUGGUCACUGAGCAGUUAAAGAGCUUGUUUAAAGAGCAAGAAGGAAAGGAGGCGAGAUUUGCUGAUGCACAAUCAGUUGCUCAAAGUGGAUCCUCCUCCACUCAGGACUGGACUCCCACAUCUCUGGUCAUUAGGGCUGCAGCAGACAGGAGAAGCCGGCAGCCUGGCUCGGCUUUAAUGCCGGUGUUGGAGGAGGAUGAGGAGAACGGUGACUGGUCAGGAGGGGAUCUAAAACAGGAAGCCCACACUGAAUGUUAAAGGUUCACCUCUCUGGCUGCAAACUACAGAAAUUGAUGGUCUGUGUAGGAAAGGUGAACACCUUCAACCUGAUGGAGUAUUUCUGGAUCAGACUCUCGAUGUUUGCAAUCAAGAUGAAGAUGAAGAGGAAAAACUGCAGCUCAGAAAAUCUUCAGUAUCUGGAAAAAACAAGCAGCAUUGAACUCUAUAAUCAAACUGAAUGUUAGCCUACAUUUUUUGAAAGCAUCGCCCAGCUUUGCGCUUCACCAAAUCAUAUACUCGUUUUCAUUUUAAAGACUUUUUAUGUAAAUGUUCAGUCGAUUAUCUACUGAGAGCCUUGCAAAAAUAUUUACACUUUGUGACGUUGAAACUCCGAACAUUCAAAGUGUUGAAUAAAUAUGCAGUGGAAGAAAAACAUUUUCACAAAAUCUAAAAAAUCUGGUAUUCACUUGCAUUAAACCGUCGUGAAUAAAUUAUAUCUGGAGCCACUUGA